AUGGUUGAAUUUCAAGAGAUAUUCUCCGUGCAGAUAUUCUUUAUAAUUCUACGAGAGACUUUAGAAACUGCAAUUAUUAUAUCAGUACUUCUAUCUUUUAUAAAUCAAAGAUCACAUAAACAACAAGUCGUAAAUGGUUCAAGUUCACAAAAUAGUAUAGCACCACCAACUAAUCAUACAAAUAAAUCAUUAUUACAAGUUCAAAAUAAAUUAAAAUUACAAGUUUGGAUAGGAGCAAUAUUAGGACUAGUUAUUUGUUUUAUUAUUGGAUUAAUUUUUAUUUUAACAUUUUAUUUUAUUGGAAAAGAUUAUUGGUCAUAUACUGAAAGAGUAUGGGAAGGUGUAUUUUCAAUAUUAUCAAGUAUUAUUAUAACAGUUAUGGGAAUUGGAUUAUUACGUAUAAAUAAAGUAAUGAAAUUAAAAUGGUGGAUUAAAUUAGGUGAUGCAUAUAAUAAUAAUGAUGAUAAUAAUACAGAAGAAAUUUUAGAUGAAGAAGGAGAAAGUGAAAUUGCAAAAUUAGCAGAAGAUGAUAAUACUGACGAAAGAGGAGAAGAUAUAAAUUUAACUGAAACUAUAAAUGAUCCAAGUUUAAAUUAUGGAGGUAUAAGAUCAAGUUCAGAAUCUGAAAGUAUUCCAUUAACAGGAUCUAAUCAAACAAAGUCAUCAAUAUCAAGAAGAUCAUCAAAAAGUUUUAAACCACAACAUAAGAAAAGUUGGAAUAAAAAAUAUUAUUUAGCAAUAUUACCUUUAGUUACUACAUUAAGAGAAGGAUUAGAAGCAGUUGUAUUUAUUGGAGGUAUAGGUAUGUCAUCACCACCAUCAUCAAUUCCAUUAUCAAUUAUAUGUGGUAUUUCAUUAGGUUCAUUAAUUGGUUAUUUACUUUAUAAAGGAGGUAAUAAAUUAUCAUUACAAUAUUUCCUUAUUUUUUCAACAUGUUUUCUUUAUAUUGUUAGUGCUGGAUUAAUGAGUCGUGGUGUAUGGUUUUUAGAAUUAGAAUCUUAUGUUAGAAAAUGUGAUGGUUUAGAUGUUAGUGAAACUGGUAGUGGUCCAGGUUCUUAUGAUAUUGCAACUAGUGUAUGGCAUGUAAAUUGUUGUAAUGGAUUAACUGAUGGUUGGUGGAUGGUUUUAAAUGCAUUAGUUGGAUGGACAAAUUCAGCGACUUAUGGAAGUGUUUCUACAUAUAUUUUGUAUUGGUUAUUUGUUAUAAUAUGGUUAAAAUUAAAAUUAUAUGAAGAAAAAAAUGGAAUUUUACCUUUUAUACCAAUAAAAUGGCAAUUAAAAAGAAUUCAAAAAAAAAUUAAAUUAUAUGAAUUAAGAAAUAGUCAAAGUUUAGAUACUGUAAAUCAAAUUCAACAAGAAAAUAUUGAAGCUCAAGCUGAAUCUCAAGGAUUAUUGUAA